AUGCGGAUCACACCAAACCCGGGUACCACCAAUCAAGGAAUUACAAAGAAGAUCAAAUCUGCGCUUCUACACUUGAAUACAUAUUACCACAAUGAUCAAGUUCUAAUUCAGUUUUGGGUACCCAUCAGAACAGAAACUGGGUGUUUUCUUUUAACUUCAGACCAACCUUUUGGUCUUACUUAUCUUGAUGAAGGACUUCUCGAGUAUAGGAAGCACUGUUUGAAUUAUAAAAUUAACGUGGAUGGGGAAGAAGAACAGCUUGGACUCCCUGGUCGUGUGUUCCAGAAAAAAUUGCACGAGUACAUCCCAGAUGUGCAAUAUUACUCUAUCCAAGAGUACCCACAACGCAGUUUUGCUCUAACUUGUGGUAUUUCAUCGUCUUCUGCUUUGCCGGUGUUUCACUCCUCUUCCCCAGAAUGUGUUGGAGUACUCGAGUUCGUAACUAAUGCAGCAGAUUUCGAUGUUUAUGACAUUAUGUUUGAUCCGUUUUUGAUGCAUGCACUUGAGAAUGCAGAUUUGAGAAGUUCGGCAUGUGAUUGUUUAAUUUCUUCGGUUGCAGAUGAAAAUGAUUCAGAUGAUGUGUUUCCACAUAUAUUGGUUGAAAUCUACUGUGGGUUGAAAGUUGUGUGCAGAACAUACAAGCUACCUUUGGCUCUGGUGUGGGUUCCGUGCAAGCGUUUCAAUACCAUGGACAAUAGCUCCGAUGCUUUUGAUGUACAAGUCUUGCACGCUGAUAACAGAGCAUCCUAUCUUCUAGUAGAUAAUCUGGAGGAAUUCUUGGGGUUUAGUGGGUGGAAUAACUUACAAAAGGGGCAGGGAGUUGUUGGGAGCGCACAUCGGUCACAUAAACUAUGUUUUUGCCGCGAUAUAUCUCAGUUCAGCCUAACUGAGUACCCCUUACUGCCCAUUGCACGCCUUUUUGGGUUGACUAGUUGUUUCGCGAUUUACUUGCAGAGUACUUGCGCUGAAAAUUCUGAUUACAUACUAGAGUUUUUUCUACCUCCUGAAACCACAUAUGUUGAAGACCCGACUACCUUCUUAUCCUCUCUAUUAGAAACAAUGAGGCAACAUUUCCCAAGCUUUAAGCUUCCUUCAGGAGAAGAACUCGGGGUUGAAUUUUUUAAACCUCGCAUGAAUCAGGAACCUGCUUCUUUUCAAUGCCAAAGUACUCCAUCUCCAUCUGGGUUUGGAGUCUUACAUAAUAGACAAGAGGCAAACUCAAUUACUUUAGAGGAACUCAAGAAACAUUUCGAAAAGAAACUUGGAGAAGUUGCACGGAAAGUGAGCGGACCCAAGUGUAAGCGUAAAUGUAGAGAAAAGGGAACCCCCUGCUGGCCACCGGGCAAGAGAAAUAAGGCCAAUGACUCUCUCUCUAGAUGGGACCCUCUCUGUUCUGAUUUGCCUGCUGAGACACUCGCGGCUACUGUUUCCCACAUGACUCCACUGGUAACACCACCACCACCAGAAGCAAGGAUGGUAAUUAUAAUUGCAACCUACGGCAAUGAUAUGAUAAAGUUUAGAUUAUCUUUGUCGUCAAGAAUUGUGGAGUUGGAAGAAGCAGUCUCCAAAAGGUUGAAGUUAAAUGCUGGAACCUAUGAGAUCAAAUAUAUGGAUGAUGCUGGUGAUUGGAUUUUAAUAGCCCGUGACAAGGACUUGGAGGAUUGUAAGAUAGAUUGUGGAUUGAUGAUUGGAUGGUCGGAGACGACCGGUGAAGGUUUUGGUGUGGAAAGCUCACCAAAGGAAGUGCCAACUGGACCUGACCCUCUUCACCACCACAACAGUCCUUCCAGACCUUGA